AUGGAGGUCCUAAACUUGGAGUUAAAGGAACUUCUAGUUGCAUCUAUAAGUCGAAAUCGAAAGAUGGUACUCAAUUUGGACCUCAAUUGUCCACCACAAGAUGAGGAUUCGUUGGGAAUAAAUAAUUCCCUGAAUGUCGAUACGACUUUGAAGCUUGGACUUCCUUGCGUACAAGUGAGGACAUCUUAUGAGCCCGAUGAUGAUGAAGUAAUCAUUUGCUCUCCUAGGAGCUUCGCCGAGGCUGUUAAUAAGUCCAGAAGGAACCGUACUGUAAUAGAGGUCGUUGAUGAUGAAUCUGAAUUUCAGGGAGCCGAUUCAGCAAGGCGGCCUGGUAAUGGUAACAGGUGCCCAAGAAUUUCUGCAAAACAAAGAGGUGGUGGUGUUAAUACCCGUGUGCACUGGGUGGACCAAGAUUUAGUCGAGUUAUCCCAGCCCGUGCCACAGCAAAAAGCACCCACAUUUAGUUGCCCAAAAUUCAGCACAAAUGUCCCACCUGUAGGCGUAAGCUUAAAGCAAAAGAUGUUUUCAGGAUCUACCUUCCUAAUACUCAAUAAUUACUCUAUGCCCAUGGUGCCGAAUUCUGAUAUCUCAAAGGUAAAAUUCAAGUCAUGA